UCAAGGCCAGGGCAGGGGCAGGGACAGUGACAGUGGCAGGGGCAGGGCCGGGGCAGGACUGGCCCCCUCCUACCGCCUCCCCGGCUUCCUCCCGGCCCCGCCUGUUGAUGUUUCACUUUGUUUUAAUUCCCGGGUCGCAAGAUGGAGGCGGCGCUGAGACGUCGGGAGCUGUUGCUGUUGCUGCUGCCGCUGCUGCUGCCGCCGCCGCUGGCCACCGCGCUGCUGGGCCCGGCCGCGCCGCUGGGACAGGAAAUGAUCCGAGUUGGCGUUACAAUGUUGAAAGCCAAUGGAGAACUUCACAAAGGACAGGUUCUUUUUAAUAUCACCUAUAUUAAUGGACAAGUAUAUGUAAAUGAUUUUCCUAUGAAAAGCGGGGUUGCCCACAUAACAUGUCAAACAGUAAUAUUGGAGAACGGAAACUUGGAUAACUUAGCAGAUCAGCAGCACCUGGGAACCGUCAGUGUUCGCAUCAUGGUUCACGAGUGGCCUUUGGCAUCCAGUUCUGAUUUGCAGCUGAUUGUCGUUCAGGAGGAAGUGACAGAAAUUGAUGGAAAACAGGUUCAGCAAGAAGAAGUAACAGAAAUAGAUAUUUUAGUAAAGGACCUGAGAGUACUUAGACAUUCAAACUACACUGUCCCUUUGAAAGAGAGCAUGCUGUAUUCCAUCCCAAGGGGCAACGACAUGUUAUUUACACUGCCCAACCUCUCAGGAAAAGAUAUUCAAGAUCCACUGCAAACUACCAGUCAGUACCUCAUCCGGCAAGUAGAGACUACAGUAGAUGAAGAGACAUUACCUGGCAAGUUACCAGAGACCCCUCUUAGGGUAGAACCUCCAUCUUCUUACAAGGUGAUGUGCCAGUGGGUGGAAGACUUGAGAAAAGGAUUGUGCAGAUUCUGGUUCCGAUCUUUACCCAUCUUGUUUAGUUUCAUGGAAGUUGUUGUAGUUGGAAUUGUUGGAGCAGCUCUUAUUAUCAAAGUCUUAAAGGUGAUUCUCCCUUCCUGUGAAAACAGAGGCAUCCUUCUCCUGGAUCAAGUCAGCUUUGUACCUGUGACUACCAUCAGCCUGCCUUCAGAUCUUCCAGAGAGGAAAAAUAAUUUAGAUGAGAAAGCAUGUACUUAAUACUGUAUUUACUUUGGAGUUACUGGUUUUUAAAAACACACUUUUAGUUGACCUGAAAUUUGGCACUUGAUCUUAAUACUUGGUUUGUUUCCUACUAAGAAAACUAAGUCAGUUGAUUAAUUGAUAAAAGGGCCACUCAGGCCGAGGCCCAAAGCUGACUUCCAUGUGCCUCUUCAUAAACAAGCAGCCUUUUCAGAAGCUUCAAAAUAGAGCAGCUUUCCACCCUGAGGGCUACCAUUGGUUUUAACUUCUGUGAAGUCACUUUUCCACACCUUGGACAGGAUGCUUGCUGCCUUCAUGCCCAUAAACCAGGUCAGUUGUCCUGACUAGCAAGAUGAUGAAAUUCAGGGUGUCCUUAAGUCUGCAGAAAACAUUCUUCAGAAAAGGACUAGGGAGUAUUGCAAACAUCAGCUGUGCCAAAAGCCUAAGCAAAGCUGCCCAACCUGGCUCAGGUCUCAUAGGGUUGAGUGUGCCUUGCAAGGAAGAUACCACUACCCAACAUUUGUGUUACUCAAGAAAUUUGACAUUUUAUAUAUGCAAAACAAAAAUUAAAAAAGCAGAUUUAUAUUUCAAGCACUUUACAUUUUUAUGGUCCCUUCCACUCAUAAAAAUUGUUAGCAGUUGUAAUUGUAGUAUGCUUUUUGUAUCUGUGACAGCAAUACUAUGUGAAGUCCCAAAAGAAAAAUAAAAAUUCUACGGAAUUGUACAGAAAUGCUGGCUUACUAUUGCUAAGUAGGCCCAUUCUGCCCAUGCCAGUUUCUACUGUUAACAUUUUUCAAAUAAACUUUUAAAUUGUUUA